AGUUGACCGCAGACUUCCGCAGUGUUUCCGUGUCGCUUGCGCUUGUAAAAAUUAUAUUAAGCUAUACUGUUUACGCUAAUUUUCUUCUUCCUAUUCUAUUGACUUGCUUACUGUAUACUUCUGUGCUGUGUUACUAUCUCACACCUUAAUAUAUAAUACUUGCUUGUGUUUGUGGGCCUUGUAAAUUAUAAACAGUAUAAAACAUUGUGUGUGACAAAAUAAACGUUGUGGAGUUAAGAAGUAAGUGUUGUUUAUUCAAUAUCCAACCACUACACUGGUGACCCCUGAAGAACACCGAAGGAUCAGAACAGUAAGUGAAUAAUAAUUAAAAUGUCACAUAGUUCUACGAGCAGAAACGCCCACAAAGAUAACGAUUCGGACGAAGGAAAAAAGACAUUUACACCUUCCGACAUUUGCCGUAUCGGCGUCCGACCACCACCUUUUUGGCCGGAAGAGCCAGCAGUAUGGUUUGCUCAAUUGGAAGGCAACUUUCUGUUAUCUGGAAUAAAGGACGACGCAACAAAAUUUUAUUAUAUUACGUCAACCCUAGAGCAGAGAUACGCAGCAGAAGUUAAAGACAUAAUUCUCUCACCACCUGACAAAGACAAAUAUGAAAAGCUGAAGACCGAGCUCAUAAAACGACUCUCUGCGACACGUGAAAAGGAGGUGAAGCAGCUACUUAUGCAUGAAGAGCUGGGUGAUCGUCGACCAUCACAGUUUCUACGCCAUCUACAGCAUCUCGCUGGACCUAGCGUACCUGAUGAUUUCCUUAAAACCAUCUGGUGCAGCCGUUUACCACAUAGCAUACAGACAGUGAUAGCAUCACAGACAACCUCAGAUUUGCAGGCUUUAGCAGACUUAACUGACCGCGUCUACGACAUUGUGCCUUUAACACCUCAAGUCGCCGCUGCAGAGUGCACGCAAAGUUCAGUCUUACAGACGAUGGCUAAUCAAAUUUGCGAACUUACAAAGCAAGUUCAAGCCCUCUCCACGCGCGUACACAGGCCAAGAUCUUUGACUCGCAACACCAGACGAGCACGUAAGACCAGCCACUCCAGAUCUGAUUACAGGAAAUUUCCCACAUGCUGGUAUCACCACAAAUUUGGAAACAAGGCAGACAGAUGCAUUAAGCCCUGCGACUUCAAGCCGGAAAACUGCCAAGGCAGUCGAUAAUGGCGACACACGACUGCCUCAGUACAACUGGUCGCCUAUUCGUUUCGGACCGAAGAACAAAGAUGCAGUUUCUUGUCGAUACUGGCAGUGACCUCUGCGUCUUCCCGUACACAUCGCUCCGUGAACGUCGACCUAGUACCAAUUAUCAACUCUAUGCCGCUAACGGUUCACUUAUCACAACUUACGGAUACGUACAUCUGGAGCUAAAUCUCGGUUUACGUCGCGAUUACUCUUGGCGUUUCAUCGUGGCUAAUGUCACGAAGGCUAUCAUCGGCGUCGACUUCCUGUCUUUUUAUGGUCUUAUGGUUGACUUUCGAAACCAACGCCUUAUAGACACUACCACAUCACUCUCAACAAUAGCUUCGCCAGUAACAUCGUCGAACACUAUCUCUUCAGUUAAGUCAAUGAUCGGCGAUUCUCGUUACCACGACUUGCUCCGUAGCUAUCCAGAAAUAACUCGUCCAGCUGGAAUUCAAUGUGUAGCACCCCACAGCACUGUCCAUCAUAUUAGGACUACGCCAGGCCCACCAAUCAGUUUCACACCACGGCGAUUAGCGCCAGACAAACUCAAGGUAGCAAAACAAGAGUUUGAAUUAAUGAUUAAAAACGGAAUAGCACGCCCAUCUGAAAGCGCUUGGUCGUCUCCAUUGCACCUCGCACCGAAAAAGGAAAAUGGAUGGCGUCCAUGUGGCGACUACCGGAUGCUCAACGCCUGCACAAUCCCAGACCGCUAUCCCAUCCGAAAUAUCCACGACUUUACCCAUAACAUAUCUGGUUGUACAAUAUUUUCAACAAUAGACUUGGUGAAAGCGUACAACCAAAUUCCGGUUAGUGAAGAGGAUAUACCAAAGACGGCAAUUACAACACCUUUUGGCCUCUACGAGUUCCGGUACAUGACGUACGGCCUUAGAAACACAGGCCAAACGUUUCAGAGAUUCGUUGAUGAACUUACUAGAGGUAUGGAUUUUUGCUUUGCCUAUUUGGACGACUUUCUCAUUUUCUCCAAAGACGAAAAAUUACACAAAGAACAUCUUCGUCAGUUAUUCGAUAGACUCAAAGAAUACGGAACUGUCAUAAAUACAUCUAAGUGUGUCUUUGGAGCAAAGGAGGUAGUAUUUCUCGGAUACAAGGUAUCGGCAGAAGGAUUAAUGCCACUCGAAACCAAAGUACAAGCCGUUCAAGAUUACCCGAUACCAAAGACGGUGAGAGAACUUCGUCGAUUUUUAGGGAUACUGAAUUUCUAUCGCAAAUUCAUCCCCGGUGCGGCAAAAAUUCAAGCACCACUUCAUGCCCUAUUGACAGGACGAGUGAAAGGUUCUCAUCCAGUAAACAUUUCUGGCGAUACAAAGACAGCUUUUGAAAACUGCAAAAGAAGCUUAUGCACAGCUGCUCUUCUGGCACAUCCAGACUCAGAUGCAAGACUCGCAUUGGUUACUGAUGCAUCGGAUACCGCCAUAGGUGCAGUUUUGCAACAACGGAAGAACAAUUGUUGGCAGCCAUUGGGUUUCUUCUCUCGGAAACUAAGUCCAACGCAAAACAAAUAUUCUCCGUAUGAUAGGGAGCUGCUUGCAAUCUACGAAGGUAUCCGAUAUUUUCGACAUAUGCUUGAAGCCAGACACUUCACAGUGUACACAGAUCAUAAGCCUCUUUGCUUCGCUUUUAACACACGGAAAGACAAAUGCUCUCCACGGCAAUUCCGACAUCUGGACUUUAUAUCGCAAUUUACCACGGACAUUCAGCAUGUAUCAGGUAAAGAUAACGUCGUGGCGGAUGCACUGUCCAGAAUCGAAGAAUUAACAUUACCUGUCGACUUAGUGGCACUGGCUAAAUCACAAAUCGACGACCCUGAGUUAAAAGAAAUUUUACUGAAUACAACAUCACUACGCCUGCGUCAAGUUACCAUACCUGGAACACAGACGCAAUUAUACUGUGAUGACAAUAACGACUCACUCAGGCCUUUCGUUACUAAACCCUUUAGGCGUCAGGUUUUUGAAAAUCUUCACUCCUUAAGCCACACUGGCACUAACGCAACCGUAAAAUUAAUUGCACAGCGCUACGUCUGGCCUGGAAUGAGAAAAGAUUGCCGACAGUGGACCAAAACCUGCCACCCAUGUCAGCAGACAAAAGUAACUCGACAUGAUGUAUCAUCGCCACUUGGUACGUUUAAGCUACCACGUAAGAGAGUUUCGUGCAUACAUAUAGAUCUUGUUGGACCACUACCUGUAUCAAAUGAAUACAAGUACUGCCUCACUGUUAUAGAUCGAUUCAGUAGAUGGCCUGAAGCCAUACCUAUAAAAAAUAUAACCGCUGAGACAGUCGCCAAAGCCCUGAUAUCCGGAUGGAUAGCACGCUUUGGUUGCCCUAGCGAAGUGGUUACGGACAGAGGACGUCAAUUUGAGUCGGAACUUUUUAAGGCCCUUUCGAGAAUGAUAGGAUUCCAACACAAACCAACUACAGCAUACCAUCCAGCCUGUAACGGAAUGAUCGAGAGGUUUCAUAGACAGCUUAAGGCAGCAAUAACCUGCCACGCCAAUACAAACUGGACAGAAGCUCUUCCUCUAGUGUUACUAGGCAUACGUAGUGCAAUCAAGGAAGACUUAAAAACUUCUCCUGCCGAAAUAGUAUAUGGUGAGCCACUUAGACUGCCUGGAGAGUUAUUACAUCCUUCUCCACAUAUAAACACUGAUGUUACUGAUUUCACCACUCGAUUACGUUCAAUUGUCCGAAACAUUCAACCACAACCAGCUUCUCGUCAUUGUCAAAAGACAACCUUCGUUUUUAAAGAUCUCGCCACAACAACCCACGUCUUCCUAAGAGAAGACGCUGUUAGAGGAUCCCUUCAACCCGCCUAUUCAGGACCACACAAAGUGAUUGACAGAACUGAUAAGGUUUUUAAAAUUCUUUUAAACGGCAAAGCAACAACAGUGUCAAUAGAUAGAUUAAAACCAGCUUAUCUACUCGUUGACAGUAAUCCCACUCCGCCGGAAGUUUCAUUACCUUCAAGGAAGGAAGGAGAUUCAAAUAUUAAACAAACGCGUUUUGGGCGAGAAGUACUGGCCCCGGAAUAUUAUCGCCCGUAGGACGGUCACUGGGGGGGGGAGUGGUGUGGUGGACUGCGAUAUUAGCUGUAAAAAUAAAUUUUGUUUAGUUUUGUAUUAAAUAUUAAUUUUUAUAAAUAAUAAGUAUAUGUAUAAAUUAAAAUGUAUAAAUAAACAGUAUGUAGUAUAUAAAUAAAUGUAAUACAAUACGUGCACAAUGUUAUAUAAAACGCUUACUAGUUGUUGAUAUGUCGGAAGGCCAACGACGUAAAAAUCGUAUCGUAUAAAUGUCUUCUAACGCUCCAGGUAAAUAAUUAGAACAAAGGAACUUGCGCGUACGUCGUCGGCCGUCCUUCAGUUGACCGCAGACUUCCGUAGUGUUUCCGUGUCGCUUGCGCUUGUAAAAAUUAUAUUACGCUAUACUGUUUACGCUAAUUUUCUUCUUCCUAUUCUAUUGACUUGCUUACUGUAUACUUCUGUGCUGUGUUACUAUCUCACGCCUUAAUAUAUAAUACUUGCUUGUGUUUGUGGGCCUUGUAAAUUAUAAACAGUAUAAAACAUUGUGUGUGACAAAAUAAACGUUGUGGAGUU